CACAAUUGAGGCCCUCAUGAACAUGUAUAACUGAUCAUCCAUCCUCACCGACAAUCUGGUUCAAAGGUUCUCCAAAAACAUCCUGAUCUCUCCCUAGUUUCGUAUCCGACCAUCUAUGCCCUAUAGUAUUUGGACUUCUGUCACAGAGACUGGAGGACAGGGAACCACAAGGGAUCGAUCCCUUAAAAGCCAUUGUUCCACAACAUCGCCGCCCAAGGCACACCAUCACAUUGGGCGUUUAGGUGUCACCGCCGCCAGCCUUAUUUAGGCAUCCACUCACCAGUGGCUACAGAGUUCACGGCACUUUCCGUACCUGUGCCCCAUUGAUCCGUUUGCCAACAAGCAAUUUUAAGGCAGACGUUCUCUCACUACGCGCUACCCAGGGUCGCUCACUGAGCAGCCAUCCAACAGGUAUAGUGGCAGGUGCGAGAGUAUGGCGUCUCAAGCGUCAGGUUCUUCUUUUAUGGCCAGCGAUGCCCUGGGCCUGAGAAAUAAUGCGUCGACUACCUCCAUAAACGAGAUUCAAGGACCGAGGAAAUUGCGGCUCCUUGUCGCAGCCAACGGGCCCAAAGAUGUCGCCUUCGCCCAGGCUAUUGCCGUCCGGCUCUCCAAGGACCCGCAAAUCACAACAAGGGCUAUUGUCGACGACAUGACGCAUCGGCUUGCGCAAGAGAUCCUUGUGCUGCAGAACCGGUCAUUGGAGAAGGGUCCCUGGGCAGAUGGGCCCACCACCAGAGAUAUCGAGGCUGCGCAGCACCAGGCCUUCGAAUUGGUCGAGUGGGCUGACCUUCUAGUGCUCGCCCCUCUCGAUGUAGACACCCUGGCCAAGAUGAUGUAUGGCAUCUCGGAUAAUCUGGUUCUUGAGGUCUUACGAGGGUGGGAUGCGUCCAAGAGAAUCCUCCUGGUUCCCGGCAUGACUACACAGAUGUGGGAUAGCCCAGUCACGAAGCGUCAGAUGAGCAAAUUGCACCGCAAAUGGAACUGGGUCAGGGUCAUGCCCCCAAUCCUCUGGCGCUACAACGGAAACCAGUCAAAGCGUAUCGUCACUUGGGACGCCUUCAAUGAGGUCGUGGGCAUUAUCAAGAAUCAGGCAGACCUCCUAUCGCUGGGCCAUGACGUCGACGUUGCCAUCCAGCAGUCGACCCUCACAACCUAUGGUCCGAAGGCGGAAUCAACCCUGCCCCCAGAGAUCUGGAGCAUCAUCUUUGAAUACACGAACGAUUGGGAACUGGCAAAAUCUCUCGGUGUCUUCACAAACCUUGAAAUGCCGACAGGUCAAGGAUGGCGGCUGGAACCCAAAGAUCCGAAGGACCCCCUCCAAGUCUUCAUGCACGACCUCGAGUGGACUUUGCUCACGGCCGACACCACUGCCAUCUGCAAGAAGCUGGCUGCUGCACCACAGAAUUUCCACGACCUCUCUGCACUAGCUACCCACCUGAUAUUCAAGUUCGCCCUCCUAGAAGUGCUAUCCUACAUCGAGGCCAACUGUCCGCAUAUCUUCAAGGGGUUCGAUGGCAGGAUCAUUCCGACCAAGGCAUCUGCCUACUACGGCCGGAUAGACAUCUUGGACUGGUGGGCUCGCUCGCCGUCAUUCCUCGACAAACAGUACGAUGCCGAAGCACUCAACGGCGCCUCAGCUAAGGGCUUCGUCGGCGUACUCGAAUGGUGGCGUCGCUCCGGCCUGCCGCUGAAAUACACCGAGGCUGCUCUCGAACAGGCCAGUUCAAAGGGCCACCUCCAUGUCCUAACGUGGUGGCGAGAGGCGUCUCUCCAGGACCCGUCGAUCGUAUUGAAGCCGGGCCGCUCGCUGCUUGGUGCUGCGCAAUGGGGCCAGCUAGCGGUCAUUCGAUGGUGGGAGGAGAGCGGGAUUGCUGCUGGCCACCACGAGCAUGUGUGCAAGAUGGCCAGUCGUUGGGGCCAAGUCCAGGUCUUGGAGCUCUGGCGGGAGUUGAGGGGAGACGACAGCAUCCAGUUCGACUCGGGGGUGCUGAUCGACCCAACAUUCCACUCCUACAUCGAGGUGCUGGACUGGUGGAAGAAAUAUACCCAUGGCGAGUUGCCUGGCAUGGAUGGACGGAAAGGGAAGCGAGUUGAGUACAGGACAAUGGAGAUUGAGGAGGCCCUGGAGGACUCCUUGGGCGACCAGACUAAGGUGCGGAGAUGGUGGGCCGAGAACGGACUAAAUACAGGGCUGGGGAUGAGUGAGUGGAUGAAGACGAAACAUUUGUAAGGCUAGUUGACAUGUCGCAUUGCGAUUUCCAGAUCAGGUACAUACAUUCAGGUCGCACUUCCGAGAGCGCCUGGUUUAAACACCCACCUGUCAAUGGGUAUAGGUCAGACUAGCAACCUAGUAGGCUUAGGGAAACGAAUGGAACUCCAAAAGGUCACUGAAAUUUAGCUGGAUUGCUGGG